AUGAUUAAGAAGCAGGAAGAGCGGGGUGCCUUGCAGGGCUUCCGAUUUCAUCCUCAAGGAGGUAGUAUUUCACACUUGUUCUUCGCCGAUGAUUCGGUUAUAUUUUGCAAAGCUAAUGAACGUGAGGCUAGGUGCUUGAAAAAUAUUCCAGUUGACUAUGAGAAUGGGUCAGGUCAGUGUAUUAAUUUUGAUAAAAGUUCCCUCUUGUUUGGGAAAAAAUGCCCAGCUCGUGUCCGGAAGCAAGUGGGAGAAAUAUUACAGGUACAACAAAAGGAUGGGUUCGGACGAUAUUUGGGCCUCUCUGCAGAUUUUGGUGCGUCAAAACAGCGGGUCUUUGAGGAGGUACGCAACAAAAUUAAUGCCAAGCUUAUAGGGUGGUCUGAACAAUAUUUAUCGCAAGCUGGGAAGGAAGUGCUAAUCAAAGCCGUGGCCAUGGCUAUGCCGAAUUAUGUUAUGUCAUGUUUUCAGUUACCCAUUAAUUUAUGCAAGGAGAUUGAGAGGGAGAUCAUUCGGUAUUGGUGGAAGGGGCACAAGGAGCAUAAGGGUAUCCACUGGGUUGGUUGGCAACGUCUCAGUAUGUUGAAAGAAGCUGGGGGUAUGGGCUUUCAGGACCUUAGAUGCUUCAACCUAGCCAUGCUUGCAAAAAUUGGUUGGCGAAUUAUCAAACACCCUGACUCACUGCUGGCCAUUACUUAUCGGGACAAGUAUUUUAGAUCCUCAGAUUUCAUAAGCGCUGGUGGUGGUAGAGGGACGUCGUGGGGGUGGAAAGGUAUUUUGCAAGGACGGAAAAUAUUGGAGACAGGCAUGAGAUGGCGUAUAGGCAAUGGACAUCAAGUUCAUACCUGUAUAGAUAAAUGGGUACCCUCCCCUUCUUCCUUUAAGAUUUAUUCUAGACACCCAGAGAUACCUAUUUUGGUGCAGGGACUUAUUGACGAUCAAACGAAGAUGUGGAAUCGAGAUCUUAUUUUGCGGUGUUUCAAUAGUGCGGAAGCCCAGACCAUAUUAUCAUUACCUCUUAGCAGGUGGGGCUGUGAUGACAGACUAGUGUGGCAUUUUACUACGCAUGGUGGAUACUCAGUUCGUACCGGCUAUGAACUUGCUCUAACCUUACGGAAAAGUGGUGAGUUGGGGGGGAAAGCGGAAGGGGAGUGCAGUUAUGGAAAUGAUCGGAAGAAAUUUUGGAAGAGCAUUUGGAGAUUGCAAGUACCGCCUAAACUUCGAGCAUUUGUUUGGAGGAGCUGUCGAAAUGCUUUAGCAGUAAAAGGAAACUUGCGGCGUCGAUCAGUUGAUGUUGAUAAUACCUGCGUCCUUUGUGGCUGUGAAGGAGAGUCUCAAGUCCAUAUUUUCUUUCGAUGUGAGCAUGCUAGAGUUUUUUGGUUUGGAAGUUCCAUACAGCUGGAUGCUUCACAGUUGAUUGGGGAGGAGUUUAGUGAGUGUUGGGACAACUUAUUACAGAAGUAUGAGAAGCAUCAGAACUCUCAAGAAAUUUUACAGGUGCAAGAGUAUCGGGUUGCCCGGAUGGCUGCCAAGCCAUUGAUUAACGAGUUACCCCGUCCGCCAGAUCGUGUUCAACAGGUGCCUACUGCGUGGACUAAGCCGCCACAUGGUUGGGUUAAGGCUAAUUGUGAUGGAGUUUGGCUACAGCAGACGCAAAAGGGAGGGGCUGGUUGGGUUAUUAGAGAUUCUGAUGGGUGGCUGGUGCAGACAGGGGGUGUAAGGGGAUUAUGGGGUAGUACGGCCUUAAUGAUGAAGGCGGAGGCGAUAAGAGAAGCGUUGCUGGCUUGCAUUAGGGGUCGACUGGUGUAUGUGGAGAUUGAAUCUGACUCGAUGCAAUUGAUCCAGAUGCUUAGAGGGGAGUGUCAAGUCGAUGUUGCGGUGGAGGCUAUGGUGUUCGAUAUUAAGGUGCUUGCUGGCAGGCUCCAACAGGUUGUUUUUUUAGCUACUCCCCGUCAGUGUAAUAAGGCAGCGCACGAGGUUGCGGCCUUUGUGUCUAGAGUAGGUGAUAACCACAUUUGGGACCGAGUGUGGCCCGAGUGGAUCUUUGAUAUUUUAGUUAGUGAUGUAAACUUAGCUAUUCGUCUCUAA